UUUUAAGAAAACAUUAACAAUGUAUCAGUUAUUACUCGUGUGCUUUAUACAUUUUUUUUUUAGUGUCGUAUUAUCGAAAAAUUCUGACAACAUUAUUAUUGUUUUUUCAUCUGGAGCUAUUACUGCCACGAAAGUACCGAAUGAAUUGAGGAUUUAUUAUAAUCAUCCUGACUUUGUUCAGGGAGAUAGUCUGAGAGUUUAUGAUGUCGAACCUAAAUCUUGGCGGGUGGCUAAACCUAGAUUUGUUAUGCAGUUAGAAGGAGUCAGUGCAUUUGUGAAAACUGGUCUUAGGGCACCCCCGCCUUUUGGGAUGGAUAAAUAUUAUGCAAUGAUCAUCCGCAACGAUACGUCUCUAAAACGUUACAGUGACCCCGGCCGAUUUCACUGGAUGGAAGAUCGUAAAUCAUUACUCGAAAAUUUGAGUUUGCCCCAGCUUUUCAUACCAGGAACCCACGACUCUGGAUCCUACCAACGCCCCGGUAAAGAUGGAAUUGUAAAAAAUCUGACUGCAAACUGGGCCAUUUGCCAGGACACAUCCAUCUUCGAGCAAUUAGAAUCAGGCGUUCGAUUCCUGGAUAUACGACCAGCGUGCACCAAGAUUCUCGGCCCCUGUAGCACCUAUUACGUUAAUCAUGGACCCGUAAAGAUGGUACCGAUGAGCCAAGUGAUCCAUGAUAUCGAUCUAUUUUUAAAUAUCACGAAAGAAAUAGUGAUCUUUUCCGUAAAACAAUUCCCCAGUGGAUUCGACAAUGAGAACGAUCAUCGACAUUUCAUGCACUACUUGAAAAAGAAAUUGAGUCAUCAUAUUUACCAACAUUCGAGUGCCAAGAGGGGAUGGGCAACACCGUUGAGCAAGUAUUGGUUGAAAAAUAAAAGACUUAUAAUAUCUUACACCUCUAUGGAUUAUUUGGACUCAGCAACUUUCUGGCCUGGGAUAGAACAGCGAUGGUGUAACUGCCGAGAAUUUCCAACUCUCCACGACUUCCUUCGGUCUCCAGCUAAAUGGAACUCAACGGUAGUCCCCGUAGCAGACAUGGCUGAAUUAACUCAUAAUGUGGGGAGCGUCGUGACGGAUCUCACACCGUUGACAGACAAUAGUAUACGUGCCUGGGCUGAUGAAGCUGGGGGAUUCAUUCCGAAAUGGUAUCAUGAGGAAUUUAAUUCAUCCGCGAAUAUUGUUGCAGUCGAUUUUCUGCAUGCCAGUGGUAUCGUAGAUCUUGCUAUCUGGUGGAAUGAAAAACGGGCCCAAUGGUCUCGAUAGGGACUCACCCCACGCCGAGAAAUAUCGAAUAAAAAACUGCACAACCCAAUUUCCUUUAUAGAUUUCAGACUAGUGUAGACCCUAGACUCUGUACCAUCCACUUUAGCUGAAAGAAAUAUUCAAAAAAAAAUUUACCAUCUCACUGAUUUUUAUUCGUUACGUUUAACCCCUUCACUGCUGGAAUAAUGAAAUACGUAGAAAAAUAUUCUCUGGAUUUAAAAAAAGAUUUUUAAAAAAUUCCACAAACAUUCUUCGCUUCAGGUUUACAUAUUUCCAUAUUCAUUUCGUCUUUGCUGAAGCCACUUCAUUUACAUGGACCUUAGGUUCCGCGAUUAUUAUCUUACUAUUACCAAUUCUGUAAUUAACUUUGAAGUGAUGUAUGGUUACUUGCAACUCUCCAUUGCACAAACAAAAAAAAACGACGACACUUAGAAGGAUGAGCAAUAUGAGCAAUACGGUUUUUUUUUAUAGACUUGUAUUGUUUGUUUAUGGAUGAGAUGAGUCUUUUGUGAUGAGGAUGGAGAUCUCUUUCUGUCCCUGGGUAAUCGAGGCGAGGGUCGAGUAAUAUUGUUUGCAUAGAACUGUUUUCUUCAGUAAAUAAUAGUAGUUUGAUUAAAGUGAAUCAUCCCAAGUGUC